UUUAUUACGUAAACGGCUUUUGCACAUCGUGCAAUGGAUUUGCUGGAAUUUCCAAAAUACCUUUACAUUCUCACAAAGGAAUGCGUGAGCAAGUUACUUGGAUUCAAGGAUGUUUCCAAUAUACUGAUUGCUUUGUUUUUGACGAUCUCGAUGACUCCGUUUGCGGUGACGUUUUUCGGUUUUUGGAUGCUGUUUAGAUCGUUGAUCGAUGCCUUACUUAAAAUGGUUUACAAAGAUAACUACGUGGGUCUGAUGGGUGGCAUCGAUACGAGUUUGAUUAUCUGCGACAACUGCCCUCAGUUGGUUGCGUUCUUGGAAUAUGCUGGAACUGUUGAGGAAAUGGAAAGGGCCGCAAUCAAGGCUGUCGACGAAGCGAUGCGCUCAAAGUACGAAAAAGUGUUUUAUUUUCAAGACACCUUCAUGGGUUACUAUUACUACCAUAAGGGUCUAGCAAGUGCGUCCAGUUUCGUACAGUUAUGCACGUUCGAAGGAUCUGAACGACUCACUAAAAAGCAGUUGUCCGAGCAUCUCGUGGACACGAGGAAAACUCCGUUCAUAAAUAAUGGUCGAGCCAUGUUUUCGCUGAAUAUCUGCACAAAUCCAAUUUAUUUUGAUGACGAGCCGAACAACAAGAAUAUUUACGCUGUCUCGUUCAAGUUUAACCAUUGUUUAGGUGAUGCUGGAUGUUUCAUCAAAUUCGUCUCGCAGCAAAUUGGCGAGUUGAAGAACUCGGAACAACCAAAACCUUCCAAUAAUACGAACGUUCCAACAUCAACCAUUCUAGAUACUAUAGUUAAUAGUAAACUAUUGUCUAUUCCAUUUACUGAUGUCGACAAGAACGUUUUACGUGGUUACAAUAACCGGAUUGAGGUAAAUUAUAUUUACUUCAACGAAAUAAAUCCGAGACGAUUCAAUACUCUCAGGAAUAUUAGAAAAAAAAUGGGAAAUGUUAACCUGAGCAGCAUAAUCGGUGCUUGUUUAGGACGCAGUUUACACGAUUACUACAAGAAGGUAGGAGCAUCAAUCCCCGAUGUGAUUACGAAUGGUCACGUGAUCUCAACUAAAAUCCCAGAAAUCGGACCGAUGACCUCUUCCAUAUCGGCCGUAAUGAUCAAAGUCCCAAUUGGAAAGUUCCAAGAUAAUCCUUUGGUCGAGAACGUCAAGUUUCUGCAGCAUCAGUUCAAAAUGAUUCAAAACACUAUGGACAUUGAGGUCAGUUUCUGGUUAGCCAAGUUUGCUACAAACUUGCUACCGGAUUGGAUUACGAAGACUUUGCUUUCGCUGAUUCAAGUGACUAUCGGUUUGACGAACUUUCAAGGCCCAAGCGAGUUCACUUUAUUCGGAAACGGCGACGUUAAGGAUUUAAUCAUUUUACCGGAUAAAUCUCCUGGAAUCGCCAUCCACAUACUCGUUUACACCUUCAAAAGCGGCUUACACAUCACCGGAACCAUCAAUAAAAGUGUGAUCAGCGAUUGGGAAAAAGCUCAGGAGAUCGUGGAUCGAACUAUUUAUUAUCUGGACGAGUUGGGUCGUACUUGCGAAGAAGCAGAUAUGAAAUGAACAUGGGCAUAACGACAAUUUUUGUAAAAGUCAUUAUUGAAAUUUGGCAAGUAAACUUUGAGUAAUUAAAUUUUGAUAAGAACCAAGUUUAUAUAAUAAGAUAAAGCAUUUUGUAAACAAUUUUGUAUCUAAACAUCAUGGAUUUUCUCCAAAUGGUAACGUAUUAAAAAUUAAU